CGAGAGUAAGUCAUUAUCUUUAACUUUAAGUCUUCCCAUGUAUAUAACCAAACACAUCUUAGAUCAUUUUACAGAUCGGCUCGCUAUAACUUUUGGUUAAUCUAAGUAGAGAAUUAUGUCAUUGAGUGAAGAAAAUGUCAAGAAAGAGAAACUCCAUGUCAAGAUGAAGACGCAAGAAGUGGAUCCAAAAGAGAAGGGAGACAAUGUUGAGUUGGAGAUGGAAGUGAAGGCAAAGUCAAUUGAGAAGGUUAAAACUAAGAAUGAUGAAGAAAGUGGAGGGAAAACAAAGAAGGAAAAGGAAAAAGAAAAGAUUAAGGGCAAGAAGGAUGACACAAAGGUAGAAGAAGAAGAUAAAGAUGGCAAACAUGAAGAGAAGAAAGACGAAAAAAUUGUUUCCAAAAAAGGUGAAAAAGACCAUGGGGACAUGAAGGUUAAAGACAGUGAUGUAAAAGUGAAAGAGCAAGAGGAGGAAAAGAAGAAGAAAAAGAAGGACAAAGAGAAGAAACAAGAGGAUAUAUCAGAAGGAAAUGAGGUAGAAGAAGAAAAAGAAGGUAAAAAGAACAAGAAGAAGAAAGAGAAGGAUGAAUCAGCUGUAGAAGAAAAAAAGAAGAAGGAUGAUAAAGAGAAGAAACACGAGGAUGUAUCACAGCAAAAGGAGGCGUUAGAAAAAGAAGAAGAUGGUAAAAAGAAGAAGAAAGAGAAGGAUGAAUCAGGAACAGAGGAAAAAAAGGAGGGUAAAGAGAAGAAACAGAAAGAAGAAUCCGAGGGUAAGGAGGACAAGAAGAUGAAGGGAAAGAAGGUAAAGGGAGAGAAGGAUGGGUCUGAGAAAGAAGAUGAACAAAAGAAGGGAAAAGAGAAGAAAGAACAUGAUGCAGAAGAAGAAGCAGAACAUAAGGAGGGAAAGAAAAAGAAGAAUAAAGACAAGGCAAAGAAGAAGGAAACAGAUGAGAUAUGUGAGAGAGAAUCAGAAGAUAAAGAUGAGGAAGAAGGAGAUAUGAAGCAGAAAAAGGAUAAGAAAAAGGAGAAGAAGAAGGAGAAGGUUAAAAAAGAUGACAAAGAAGAAAAGAAUAAGGAGAAAAACCUUGAAGCUGAAGUGGUGUCUAGAGAUGUUAAAUUAGAAGAACCAGAAGCUGAGAAGAAGAAUAUAAAAGAUGUGGAGGAAGAAGAUGAUAAUGAAGAGAAAAAGAAGUCUAACGGAGAAGGCGAUGAGAGUGAAGAGGGGAAGAAAAAGAAGAAGAAAGAUAAAAAGAAGAACAAGAAGAAAGAUACAAAGGAAACCAAAGAGACAAAGGAUGAAGAAGAUGAGAAAGAUCAUGCUAAGGACGCCAAUAUAGAAGGGUCAAAAGCUGAAGAUGGUGAGGAAGAAAAGGGGAAAGAAGCAAAGAAAAAGGCAGAAAAGAAAGAAAAAGAUGUCAAGAAGAAGGGUGGUAAAGACAUCACUAAGCUGAAAACAAAGCUGGAAAAGAUCGAUGAAAAAAUAGGAGCCUUAAUGGAGCAAAAGGCUGAGGUCUUGAACCAGAUUAAAGACGCAGAGGGAGAGCGUUGAUGUAAAGUCUGUCAAACAUAAAAGAAAUUGGGGGCAGCAUAAUGCAAUGUAACUGAACUUAAUAAUACUUAACGCCAUCGACAGAGAAGAAGAUUACGCUACAUGUUUCUUGACCUGAACUUAAUAGUUAAUUUAUGUGAGUUAAUAAAUUACAAAGUGUUGCACUUGACAUGGUUUUUUUUUUUCUUUUUAUUUAUUUAUGUGAGUUAAUAAAUUACAAAGUGUUUUUGGCAAAAUAAUAAAUUUUCUUUUCCUUUCGUUAAA